CGUUAAUUUCUCUUACCACAAUACAUAAGUUUGGGAUUUCUAUAUCUGAUUAUAUGUAAUAAUGUCUUAUCUUUAGAUAAAGGCUGGUUUUGUGGAGAUAUGAGCGGUUUUGGCCGUCAUAACGAGUUUUUGAAGCGUCGACGCGGCCUCUUUUAGCGUCGAGCGUUCCGAUAUUCGGCGUCAGAUCCGCGAGCGGCCAAACCUCCGCGAGCGUCGAGCGCGCCGCGAUGGCUUCCUUGGGAAGUACAAGCCCAGUUGGCUCUUUGUCAUCGGAAGAUCAUGAUUUUGACCCGACGGCAGAAAUGUUGGUGCAUGAUUUCGAUGAUGAGCGUACGUUAGAGGAAGAGGAGAUGAGGGACGGCGAGUCGAGCGGGAGCUCGGAAAUCGAUGAUCUGGAGAAGGAGGGCAGCAUGCCGCUGGAGGAGCUGCUGGCGUUGUACAGGUAUGAAGCUGCGGACAGUGCUGCCGGAGGGUCGAGCGCGGACAGUUCGUCUGUAGAGCUGACCGAUGAGCUGCCCGACAUGACGUUAGAUAAAGAGGAAAUCGCUAAAGAUCUGCUCUCUGGAGACGAUGAAGAAACACAAUCCUCUGCCGAUGACCUCACACCGUCUGUGACGUCACACGAAACCAAUGAUUUCUUCCCCAGGACUCUUCGCUCGAAUACAGUUUACGAUGGAGACAAAGAAUCUGAGGGUGAGGAUGAUGCUUUGAGUCCUGAAGACUCUCGCAAGGAGAUCAUGGUGGGAUCUGAAUAUCAGGCAGAAAUUCCUCCUCUCACCUGUUAUAAUGACCAUGAAAAUGUGUACGCAGAAGAAGAUCAGCUGCUUUGGCAGCCGGAUAUCUUACCCGAGUCAAAAGUCAAAAGCUUCUUGCAGGACGCUCUGAGUGCGGAUGGAAAGAUGGACGGAGAUGGCAAAUGUUCUCUGGUCAAAGACAACGAGCAGGCUUUAUAUGAGCUUUUAAAGUGUAACUAUAACGUCCAGGAAGCUCUUGAACGACAUCGCAGCAACCGCAAAUCCUCAAAGGACGAGAUGCUCCCGUGGUCUGAAGAAGAAUGCCGAAAUUUUGAACACGCUCUUCUGUUGUACGAGAAGAACUUCCACCUCAUCCAGAAACACAAAGUGAACACACGAACGGUGGCAGAAUGUGUUGCAUUUUACUACAUGUGGAAGAAGUCCGAGCGAUUCGACUUUUUCGUCCAGCAAAACCGAUUCGGGAAGAAGAAGUUCAGCAGUUAUCCUGGUGUUACGGAUCUGAUGGACCGGUUGGUGGAUGAGGCCGAGGGUUUGGUGGAUGGAUCUGCUUCUGUGUGUUCCAGCGGCAGCGGCAGGAUAGAGGCUCCAACCGAGCAACAGCUCAACCUGCUCAACUCCAUCACAGCCAGUGACCUCUCCGCGCUGACGAGCACAGUGGCGUCGGUGUGUAACCCCGCAGACGUGAGCUGUCUGGACUCCUACAGCUUCUCCUCGCUGGACGGGCUUCACCGCGGGCCCCUGAGCCACGAAGAGCCGCUCAACUACUCCAGCGACGGAGACGGAGACUGCCUCAACCUGCUGGAAACCGGCUUCUACCACUCGGACCUCGGGCAGAUCGGUGUGUGCGGCGAGGACUGCGAGCGGCCCCCGGCCAAGCGGCUGAAGAUGGGCCUGUCGGAACCCUUCAUAAACGACAGCAGGAGCCUGGCCGUGGAUUUCGAGGGCCGCACGCACCACAUCACAAGUGCCAAAAUGGCGGUUUCGGUCAGUGACUUCGGCGAGGCGGGCAGCUACAUGGGAGCGCACACACUACAUCAGCACACGGCGCUGCAGUCGGAGUAACACGAGCGCGCCGACUCUCACGGGACUACCUGCAAUCCAACCUGUACAUAGCCGCAUAUUCCUUCGAAUAUUUGCUUUAUUUUAGUUUCCUGAUUAUAUACUCGUGUGUGUGUGUGUAUAUAUGUACAGAUUGAUUCUUUUCAGAUCUUUUCUUUUUUUACUAUGACAUCAGUGAUGUCUAAUUGUACAGACCUGAAUCUUGAUUUCUCAAGAGUUAAUACAGCCAUUUAUUUUCCAGUCUUGAACUUUGGGAAGUGUCAUAAACGUGUCUACGUCCGAAUACUGUGGAAAACUGAACUCGCGUACUCGGGCCGAGGUCCAUGACGACUGGCGGUCAGCUCAGCCUCUCUGUGGUUCCCAUCAGUGUUUACAGGCGCCUCGGCUCGGCCUUCGUCUGAACCGCAUUUACGACCACUUCUACGUUUCGUUACACACCAUUUUGAGCACAAGAAUCCAGAAGAGGUUGUGACGAACUGCAAAAACAAACCUGCGAACAAUUGAAAGUGGUUCUAGCAAAUAUAUAUAUAUAUAUAUGGGCUCUAAAUACAAUAGAGGUAUUACGACGUGUGUGUGUGUGAUUAAAACAUUUGUUUUCUACUUCUACGCAUAUUUAUUAGUAUUCCUCUUGCUUUAGCAGUCGGCGUUUGCCGUAUUUAUUGCAAUGAAGACCAUUGGACUGCAUCAUGCUCGUUUUUGUUUCCCGAAAUGGUUGUGAGAUACUGGCACGUGUUUGUGUGUGUAUUUUUAUUUUUUUGUGUUCGUUUCGAUAUUUUGAGAUCACUAUUUAUUGAAAAACCGUUUUGCAGGGAUUUCUCGCCACGGGGACAGAACCGGCCCGCAGUUUAAACCCUCUGUUCCCUUCAGUGACUGAUUAUGCAACGUUGUAAAUGAUUUUUCUGGCACGGCGUUCGUUUGCUGCAAUCACUGACCUGACGUUUAUCUAUGCAUCGAGAAUCGGAUGAAACGGAUCAUUUCGGACCUCGUUUGCUCGUUUUUCCAGCUUUCCCGAGUUUUACUUUACAAGCUCUCGUAUGGCAAUAAUUUGUAAAUAUGUACAGAUACCUGACAUACCUUUUUGUUUUUUUCUUCCUCGGCAAACAGACUUGAACUUGAAGACUUGCUUUUGAGUCUGCGUAUGCCACAAGAAUGCCUUCUCGACUUCCUUUACCGUCCGUUCGACGCUUUUCCUCAAAAGAGAUUUGCUUAAGAAGAGAGUUAUUUAUUUAUUUAUUCACUCAGCUGCAAGUGGGUGUGGUGUGUUAGCGUUCUGUACACGAGUGAAAUACAGGGUCGUCCUCUCCACCGGAGACGAAGGGCCACCGUUGUCUACACAGGAAGUAGAGGCGCUAGCUGAAUGUACAGUAUUAUCGCAUCUUAGGGAUUUACUGAACUCGAAUGUUUCAUGGUUAAGGCAGAAGCCUGGUUUGCAGUGUUGCCUUAACCCUCAUUCAAAACAUGCAUGUAGAACUGACCUGGAAAACAUUGGACGGCUCGUUCUGUAAAAUCAUGUCUCCUCGUUACCUGCGGCCAGAAUCCUCCUUGUUUUUAUUUUUUUGUCUUGACAUACUUGAAGGAUGUGUAUUGAUCGAUUUAAAAACAAUAUUCCACAAUUCAGUCCUGUAGGUUGUGCAAUUCAUUUCUGAACUGAAAAGAGCUUUAGGAAAUUGUGUCGGUGCAGUAAUUUGUCCAAAGUUUGUAUAUAUAUAUAUAUAUAUA